GCACGACGAGAAAGCAGCGGGACAUCUGGGAUUUGAGAAAACAUUGUCAGCAAUAAGACUCCGAUAUUACUGGGACAGGAUGAGUACAGACGUGAAGAAUUACAUACUCGCCUGUCAAGGAUGUCAGUUCCGUAAAACACCGAGGAAAUGUCCACCUGGAAAAUUGCAAGAGAUUAAAGUGGGACAUCCGUUCUUCCGAGUAUAUGCUGACUUGAAAGGACCUUUGUUACCGACGAAGAAACGUGGAUACAAGUACAUAGCGGUAUUUAUCGACCAACUGACGAAAUACGUGAUCGCGGUACCGAUGAAGACAGCAACGGCUAAAGAAUUCGCUAAAGUGUUCGUGAAGCACGUGAUAUUGGUACACGGAGCACCGCACAUCCUGCAUACGGAUCGCGGACGACACUUUACAGCUGAAGUGUUGACAAAGGUCACCAAUGUGUUUAAGAUUAAACACACAUUUGGAACGGCGUAUCACCCAGAAGGUCAAGGCCAAGUGGAGAGACAGAUGCAGACGAUUGCUGAUGGCUUGGCGCAAUACCUGAAAGCGGGAAACGAACGAAAGUUUAACAAGUAUCUCCCAUACGUCAUUUCGGCGAUGAACAGAGUCGUGCACGCCACAACGGGAUAUUCAGCAUACUAUAUGCUGCACGGCAGAGAAAUGACAAUGCCGGAAGAUGUGGUUACAAAAACGAAUAUACCCGAUGAUUACGGAACUCCAGACGAAUGGGUGGAGACCAUGAAAAAGAACUUGACCUUUGCCGAAGAAGUGGCGAGAUGUAACAUCAAAGACGCAUAUGAGAAAAAUGCGGAAAUUUAUAAUAAGAAGAAAUCGGAGCCGAAUUUCAAGAUUGAAGCGGAAAAAUGGCACAGAAAGGUCAAGCCACUCCUAAACGUACGGGAACGGCGGCAGACAUCGAUCGGUUUACGGGCUACAAUCCAAAGUGUCCGGACUGUCUACGUAAUAACAAAAAGGUUGAUAAGAAAUUUCCGUGCUACGCAUGCAUUCACAAGCUGGAUGACCCACAUAUUGUCUCACUUGUUGGAGUCUCGGAAGCCAAACGCGGGAACCUGGAUGUCUUCCGCAAUCUGAUAAGCGCAAGGAAUUACGGCAGCAUCCCAGUGGAAGAGCGAAUGCUACUCGAGGAUCGCUACUGGGAAGCGAUCCGGAACAACGAACCUGGUUGGGAUGACACCUUGGAGCCGUUGAAGUGUCCACAGACAGACGCGUAUCGGAAGAAAUUUGAAGAAGACCAAGCGAAGAUGCGAGCUCAGCAGAUGGAAGACGAAAUCCGCGCGAAAAUUAAUGCGGAAAAUAAGAGAGCAAGUGAACAGGCUGCACGAGAGGGGCUGCCCAGCACAUCGAGUUUAGUUGCACCUACGGGCAUGGCCAGCCUUAAUGAAGACGAAAUGCAACUCGUACGACAGUCGCUUAUCAUUCAAAUUGAAACGUUAACGAAGGAUCCAGCUGCUAUGUCAGACGAGAUAUUCAAAAUGCUGUUGCGGGAGAAGAAACGACUGCAAGACGGGUUCGCGCCGGCACCAUACAUAAAGAAGGAAGUCGAAAGACGUAUGGAUGACCUACGUAAAUCUCGCCGAACCGAAAGCGAUGUGCUGCAAGCACUCAGAAGCUUCAAACGGGAUGAAGGCUUCAUACGGCCACGGUCGCCUCCGCAUAGAGAAAGGUCACGCGGACAUUCACGUGAACAUGAACGGAUUUCUGAAAGACGGAGCGAAAGGUCACGUGAACACUCUCGUGAAAGGACACGUGACUACCACCGUGAAAGGUCACGCGAACGUUCCCGCGACAGGGAUUACCGCGGCGGAAGAGGAUGGGUACGCCACGGCGAUGAAGUAACAGAGAUGAGCAUUCAGAGGAAGAUCGACACAACGAAGUUACUGGCAGCGACCAGAGAACGUGAAGACAAACGGCGUGCGGAGACAUUCCGUACAGAACCUGAAAAGGAAGGACAUCAGGUGCCGACGGAAGUUGCUUUCCGUAAUCGUAACGUCAGGAUGUCAACACCCGAAAGGUCAUGGGAUAAAAGACGCGAACAUACGCGAAAUCGAACGCCUGACCCACGCGAUAAAAGAUGGCAACAGAGGGCUGCAUUCUACGCGACCUUUGACUCGGGCGCAAAUAAAAGGUCAUCAAGCACUGAACGGGAAG